AUGGUGCUGCAGUCGUCGAGCUUGGAGCUCUCACAGUACCUGCCGGUCCUACUCAAGCUCGUCGUGCUGGUGUAUGCCGUGCUGUGCCUGGGCGAGCUCCUGCACAGAUGGUCAUCGGGCGGCCGCUGCUCGCUCUCCCUGUGGUGCCCGCCUGAGCAGCAAGCAGCAAAGCCAGGAGCAUCGCUGCAGUGCAGUGCAGUACUGGGCGCCAACAGGAGGCUGAUGAUGCAAAAUCAGAGUUCUUCUGCUGCUGCACCAAGCAAAGCACUGCUAUUUUCAGGCUCCACGAAGCAGGGACUGCAUGGAUGGCGAGUCGCUGCUCAACCAGAAGGUGCUGGAGAUGAUUCUUUAGAAGCUGCAAAGUGCAUGUUUCAUAUCCUUUAUGCAAAUGCAAGAUGGGAUUUGUUGCCUGUUGAUGACCCCAAAAAAAUAAGACUUGGAUUGAUGGACUUAUUAUCAUAA